AUGAGCCUGACUGUUACUCAAAAUGCAGAUGUGUCGCAAUUCGUGUACAAGCAGCCGCGCUCAAAUCUGGCGACUGCUGCCAUGGUGAUGCAAUGGCCCAUGCUCUACAUGCUUCUACUUCAGCUGGCGGUGCUUCUCUCGUACCAGAGACAUGCAGUCGUUUCUUAUGCUGCUCCUAAUGCACUUGUCAGCUUCCUCUCAAAGCUCUACCAAAAUGACACGAAAGCCUCUGCAGCAAUAUGCUUCUUCACUAGCUGUUGGCUCUAUUUCUGCUAUAAGAUGCCGCCAACGGAAGAAUCUCUGAUUGUCAUGCGAUCUGUCGGUAUCCAAACCACAACGGGCGGAUCAAGUCACUUUAUCGCACUGGAUAUGAUCCAAGAUGUAGUCAUUCACGAAGGCUUCAAAGGCUUCCAAGUGAAAUUCUAUCUUGCAAUUUUGACCAAAGAUGGGCGCAACCAUGUCGUCUUCCCCGAGCUAUUGCCUCGGCGGCGAGUCUUGGAGCGUGUUUGGCGACAGACAUGCAAAGCGCUAUUCGAAGAAUAG